AUGAGGCGCGAGCAAUCAAGUUUGGCGAGUGCGGAGAAUGGUGGUCCAGAUGAGGUGGGCAAGAAGGUGGGAGGUGAGCGGGGUUGCCUUGUGGAGAGGCGAGAGCAUCACGGGCCCUCAACACUGGCUGCAACACGGGAAGGUGAUUAUGGCAGGCAUGGCAUGGCAUGGGGGGAUGGCAUCAUCGUAUGUAUGCCUGUGUGUGUGUGCGCGUCUGUGUGUAUGUGUCUAUCAGGGGCUUUGUCAGCGUUGCGUUGCUUGCUUGGGCAGAUCGGCAUUGUGUCUGGCCACGUCCCUGUGGCCUCCACAGGUACAGGCAAGAUGAACAAAGACACACACCACGGCAGCAGAUUGAGAGCAUCAUGUGCACUGCGCCUGCCUGGCUGUCUGUCUGCCUUUGCAGAUUGGCGCAUCCUGUAUGACGUCAACCACGACGCUUUCUGGGCUCGUCUUGUCGCCAACGGAUACGAGAACAUCUAUGGGUGGGAGAGGCGAAUAUACACAUGCACACACACACACAGAGGGGCGCUGCACUCACAUGACAUGAUGCGUGUCAUGUGUGUGUGCAUUUGCCCAUCCAUUCAUCAGUCCGUAUGUGACGUUGGAUGACGCCCGCAAGCGUCACGACCUGGAAGCAGUCCGGUCAUUCGGACCAAGGGUGAGCGGCACAGCACACAGCACACGUCACCCACUGACAUACCUACCCACCUACACAUCCACCUAUAUCUCCCUUCCUCCCUCCUUUGUUGCCUUGCUGCAGGACGCCGCCUCCAUGGCAUUCGACAGCAGUGCCCUCAUGGCCGCCAACAUGGACCCUUCCCUUAGAGACCUGUUGAUACAUCCCUCGCCCUCCACACACACCGGUGUGGAUGACGAGAAGACCAGGGCGGCAGCGGCAGACGGCACUGAGGACCCACAUGCACCACGACCAUCGGCAGCAGCCGGGCCGUCACCGUCCACACAAGGAUUCGCCCCCGAUGCGCCGCAGAGCCUUAGUGUGGGCGUCGGCACGUCAAGGUCUUCGGCAGAGCUGUGCGACUACGAUGCUAUCGUCAUUGGAGCCGGCACUGCUGGGCUGGUCGCCGCUAGGGAUUGCCUCUCACACAAGCUGACAGUGGGCGUCUUCGAGGCCCGUGACCAAGCCGGCGGCCGCAUCCGCUCACACACACUCGCCGGCACACCAACGCACUCACACCCAUCAUCGCAGGCCAGUGCAUCAUCCGCUGGCCAAGCAGCACCCACCAGUGCCGCUGGUGCUGGUGCUGGUGCAGGUGCAGCAGCAGCCAAGGAGGAUGGCGUGAUGGUAGAGUUGGGGGCCAACUACAUCCAUGGCUUGGGCGGUGUGGGGCCCGUCGAUAAGAACCCCUUGAUCGGUUUGGCGAGGGCUCAGGGGCAUGCCCUUGGUUGGGUGCCGGGACGGGAGGGCGUGAGCGAGCCGUGCGACAUCGCCGCCUUCAUGGAUGUGGGCAGCGGGACGCGUGUUGACCCCGUCAAGGUGGCCAAGUGUGACCUGGUCUUCAGGGCAGUCCUCCAAGAGAUCAAACGGAGAGGUGCGUGUGUGCCAACAUGACCAUGACCACGGAGGCAUAGCGGCACUCAUCAUCUUUAUGCCUGCCUGCCUGUACAUGUGUGUGUGUGAGUGUGUGUUCAGCUCGUCACGAGUUCAAUCCGUGUCAGAAGCAUCCCCUGUGGCAGCAGACGCCCCCCACCCUGAUGCACAGACAGUACGACCUCGCCAUCGGCAGCCAACACACCACCGGACGGGUGUGCGCACCCGAUGACCCACGCCACCACCGCCCCAACGAGCCAUCUGCCGUUGCCAUAUCCUCCACUGUUGCCAUCCGCGAGACCACCCGGCGUCACGAGAUCCAGUUGUGGAAGGACCAUCAGGGCGAGAUCAGCCGUCUUGUGGACACCAUCCUCCGCCCCCCCACAUCGAAAUGGCCUGAGGCACAGCUCCCCCUUUCGUCGCACGACGCCCUUCGGCGACGCCGCGCAAAGCACCGCAACCCGCACAGACCGUCGUACGCCGACAUCGCCCUUGCUACCACGAGACCAGGCAAGCUGAAGGAGCAGUUUGAGGCCCUGCUGGCCGCCACGGCUCCCCAUGACUCCCUCCACAUCCAGUGCGUGCACCUCUUCCGCAACAGCAUCGCCUGGUGCGUCGACGUGCCAGGCAAAGACAAGGCGUAUGUCCCCAUCAUGGUUCGCACACGCGAGAGCGCUCGGGCGGCACUCGAUCGGGCGCUGUUGAUCCGCGAGAGGCUGCGUCGGCAGGCCGGAUGGACACCCUCGCAGCACCAGCAGCCGGCCGAUGGAUGGACCGGCGAGGUCGAUCCCGCAGCCGUCCUGGAGGCGGCAGCAGCGCGGCCUGACGAGAGUGACGACGAGAAGAAGAACAACGAAGAGCGGCCCAAGAAGCGGCACAAGACGGCGCGCGGCGGGAUCAAGGGAGAGGGAGGCGGGAAGGACAGCCGUGGGCAAUCUGCAGAUGGCCCGCGUGUUGCCAAACGCAAGCCGCGACGCAAGAGCAAUUGGGGUGGGCCUCGCCCUGGUGCGGGCAAGUGGAUAAGGCGGCCGAGGACGCCAGAUGGAGACCCCCAAACCUCUGACGACGAUGAUGCGAACGAGUCGAUGAUUCUGGCUGAUCGAUCCGGCCUCUGGGGCGACACUCUGGUGCUGCGCAGGCGUCUGCUGCCCAAGCCUGCCAGGGGGUCGGGCCCCAGCGGACAACCGGCGAGCGGCAGUGACAGCGACAGCGAGGGGGCGGAAGGCAAUGCCGUGGUGGACCAACCGGAUGGUGACGAUGGUGAUGAUGGUGACAUGGAGGGUGAGUUCGGGUCGGAUGACGGCCUCUCGGGGGACGGCUGCCUGACGAGGGCAGUGGGCGUGCGGGGGAUCAAGGGGGCAGUGGCCGUGCGGGGGUGCCAGGUGGAGCUGCAGCGGCAGCGUGCGGCCGAUGGCGGCACCUCCCACAUCUCCCUGAACGUCCGCAAGUCAGCGGGGCGCAUGGUCAAAUCGAUAUCAUUUGACGUGCGGGUCACAUCUGGCGCUUCACAUGGGAAACUUCUCGCGUCCAUUCAAGUAGAGCGCCCGUGGAGGCGAGAGCACAUCCGUGCCGCCCUCCAGAAGGCCGUCGAAGCUAGGGACCAGGUACGUACCGUGCGCACGCACUGGGAACGACAUUUGAAGGGGAUGGGGUGAGUGAGAUGCAUGCUGCUGUCGUUUGUGUCUUAAUCUCUUUCUGUCAGCACUAUUGUGGCUCCGGCAACCAGCAGACGGCUGGGGGAGAUCAUGACGCUCAGGCAGAUGGCACUGCCAUGGACAUGGACCACAGUGGUGGUCUCCGACUCCGCAAUCGUCUGCUGUCCAAGCCCAGCACGGCCGCCCGCGUCAAUGGCGAACCCAAGUCGCCCUCCGCCAGACCCAGCAGGUCACCGUCAGCGAAUGGCAGCCGCAGCAAAUCGCCCCCUCUCCCGUCCUCUCCCGCCUUGCAGCAUCGCGAGCAGACAGAGGACGUCGACAUGGACUGCGAUGACAGCAACAAGGAUGAGCCUCCUGUCAACUCGACCCGCAUGGACAGGGGCGACCCAGACAGCGAGCCGCCGGAGCAGAACAGCGGCAGCAAGACACCCCGUGCCGAGGGCGCUGGUCGCACGCCACAGCCCCCCCCACCGCCAGCUUCUGCAGAGGAGAAGCCAGCAGCUGCGGGCAAGAAGCGGCGUCGUUCAUCCGAGGGGGACAAUGUCGAGUCACUCGCAAAGGAUGAGGACGAGAUGGACGACGGCGACAUCCAGGGCAGGGAGGAGGGGGAGGAGGGCAAUGGGGCUGACGGCACCAUGACACGCGAGGAGGCCAUCGCAUUUGCUCGUGCGGAGUUGGAUCGUCAUGGCAGGCCCAAGAAUCUGUGGCUGGAAGUGCCCAGCAGCAGGGAGGCAUUCAGGUUGACGGUCCACUUGGCCAGGGGCACCGAGCGGCUCAGCAAGACGCUGUCGGUCUCACCCCCGUGGACGGCGCAGUCGGUCCGCGAGUCUUUGCGUGAGGCCAUGGCCAACCGCGAGGCCAUGAUCGCCCGUCGGCAUGCCAUCGCCACACGGCAGGGGUCCCGCAGCCGGAGCCGCUCCAAGCGUCAAUCCCGCCGGCAGUUCCAUGACAACAGUAGCGACGACGGCAGCGGCGAAAUGAGUGAGGACAGCAGCAGCAGGAGCGGCAACCACCACAGCAGCCAGGUCCCCGAGGAGGGCCAUUCCAACA